AUGCCUUCUCUCGUCGGACAGGAAAUCGGCCAUACAGGCUAUGGCACAAUGAGAAUGACCUGGGUCCCUCAACCCCCUUCUCACGAGCAAUGCUUCGAAACCCUCGACACAGCCCUCAACCUGGGCGCGAAUUUCUGGAACGGAGGCGAACUCUACGGCACUCCCGAAUACAACUCCCUGCAUCUGCUCAACAAGUACUUUACCAAGAACCCCGAAAAGGCUAAGCAGGUUGUCUUGAGUAUCAAGGGUGGUUUGAAGCCGGGUCAAUUGGUUCCUGAUGGCUCCGAGGCCAAUAUCCGUCGCAGUGUGGAUGAAAGUUUGAGGGUGCUGGACGGGAAGAAGACGAUUGAUAUCUUUGAGUGUGCUCGUCAGGAUCCGAACACAACCGUUGAACAGACAGUUACUGUGUUGGCGCAAUUGGUUAAGGAGGGUAAGAUUGGAGGCAUUGGGUUGAGUGAAGUUGAUGCGGAGACUAUUCAGCGAGCACACAAGGUCCACCCCAUUGCAGCAGUCGAGGUCGAACUGUCUCUAUUCGACACCACCAUUCUCAAGAACGACGUCGCCAAAGUCUGCGCGGAACUCAACAUCCCUGUCGUCGCAUACUCGCCCCUCGGACGAGGUGUGUUGGCAGGAGCCUUCACUAAGGUCUCUGACAUCCCGGAAGGCGACUUCCGCCGCCAUCUACCCAAGUUCCAAGAUGAAGCCAUGAAGCAAAACAUCAAGCUGGUGAACGAGGUGGAGAAGCUGGCUUCGCGCAAAGGUGUUGCCCCAGUGCAGAUCGCGCUGGCCUGGGUUCUCUCCCUCAGUGGCAAGCCUGGAAUGCCAACCAUCAUCCCUAUUCCCGGAGGCACCACAGCCGACAAAGUCACUCAGAACGUGCAGGGAGUCCCGCGUCUCUCGGAUGAGGAGAUGGCCGAGAUCGAUGGCAUCCUCAAUGAACACGAGGUUGUUGGUGCCCGGUACUGA